GUGUUUAUCAGUCAUGAGGAUUUCUAGCCAGUUCCUUCUAUGCUUUUUUCCUAGUUACUCACCAUUGAUCAUGAACAACAAAUACCCAUCACUUCAUCUCUUACUCUUCUUCUCCUUCCUGUUCCAGUCCCCACCGUCUUCCGCAAUAGAUUUCAUCUUCAACUCCUUCAACUCUACCUCCAUAUCACUCUAUGGCAACGCCACUAUCCAAUCCAACAUCUUAACCCUCACUAACUCUACUCCUGAUCAAAUUGGUCGUGCCCUUUACCCGCACAAGAUUCCCACGAAAAAGGCCUCAUCGCUCCUCCCCUUCUCCACCUCCUUCAUCUUUGCCAUGGCACCCACAAAAAACGUUACCCCUGGGCAUGGAUUCGUAUUUCUGUUCACGCCUGUUACCGGGAUUCAGAAAGCAAGCGCAGCUGGCUAUCUUGGGUUUUCUAGCCAAGAAACUGAUGGGGACACAGACAAUCAUGUGUUUGGUGUUGAAUUUGAUAUGUAUAGGAAUGAAGAGUUUCAAGAUAUUAAUGAUAACCAUGUUGGGAUCAAUGUGAAUUCUAUAAAAUCGGCUAUUUCACAUGUACCUGGGUAUUAUGAAGAGAGUGAUGUGGGCUUCAAAACCUGGCAGCUUAACGAUGGUAGAAACUAUCAAGUUUGGAUCAAAUAUCAAAAUUUUACAAUUGAUGUGACUAUGACUCCAGUAGGUGAAAAGCCCAGGGAUUGUUUCAUAUGUGGCUCCAGAUUGAAUCUUUCUGAUUAUUUUAAAGAUGAAAUGUAUGUGGGCUUUACUGCUGCAACCGGGCCAUUUACUCAAAGCCACAACAUACUGAGUUGGAGCUUUAGCAACUCAGAUGAUCCAUUAUGGAGUGACGGUUUGAUUACAGAAGGGCUGCCGUCAUUUGUGCUUGGUGUGCCUAGUAUUCCUGGUGAGCAUAGUAAUAAGUCAACAGGGUUCAUUAUUGGUUUACCUUUAGGGAUUUUAUUUGUUAUGGUAACUUGUGGUGUGGUUGGUUUUAUCUGGGUCAAGAGUAAGAAGAGCUCAGCAAAAGAGAGAGCAGAAAUGGAGGAAGAGUAUUUAAAUCAAGUGCCAGGAAUGCCAACUCGGUUUUCUUGUGAAGAGUUACAAAUCGCCACAGAGAAUUUUAGUAAAAAGCUUGGUGAAGGAGGAUUUGGAUUGGUUUACGAAGGGAGUCUCUUAGAUGGUUCGAAGAUUGCUGUGAAAUGCCUUGAAGGCCUUUCGCACGUUAAGAAAUCAUUCCUAGCUGAGGUUCGGUCCAUUGGAAGCAUUCACCAUGUGAACCUGGUCAGACUUAGGGGAUUCUGUACUUCAAAAUCACAACAAUUUCUAGUGUAUGAUUUCAUGAGUAAUGGGUCAUUGGAUAAGUGGAUCUACCAUGUUGAUCAAGAACACAUACUAGAUUGGAAAUGCAGAAAGAAAAUCAUUCUUGAUAUAGCCAAAGGUUUAGCAUAUCUCCAUGAAGAUUGUAGACAAAAAGUCAUCCACCUCGAUAUUAAACCUCAAAACAUACUACUAGACAAUGAUUUCAAUGCCAAAAUAUCUGAUUUUGGGUUGUCUAAGCUUUUGGAUAGAAAUCAAACCCAGGUGAUGACUACAAUGAGAGGAACCCCCGGGUAUUUGGCUCCAGAAUGGUUGAGCUCAGUUAUCACAGAAAAGGUGGAUGUGUAUAGCUUUGGAAUCGUUAUGUUAGAGAUCUUGUGUGGAAGGAAAAAUUUUGACCGAUCACUGCCAGAAGAAAGCUGGCACUUACUCCGUGUUUUUCAAAAUUGUUGGGAGCAAGAAACAUUGUUAAAUAUUGUUGACAUGACCCGUGAAGAUCUGCAAAAAAAUGGUAAGGAGGUUGUGGAGAUGAUGAAGAUGGCUUCAUGGUGUUUACAGACCGAUUAUAAUCGAAGGCCUUCAAUGUCAUCAGUGGUUAAGGUGAUAGAAGGAGCAAUGAACAUUGAAUCAAACUUGGAUUAUAACUUCACAGAUCCAAGAUUACAGAAAAACAAUAGUCAGGAGGAGUUAACAUCACUGUUUCCCUCUGUUCUAUCUGGGCCAAGGUAAGUGGAUCAUUUCUAUGCUUCUGUAUUAUUUCUACAGGAAUUGGUCUUCAUUGACUUUAUUCAAACUAAAUAGACUUUAUGUGUGUACUAUAUAUUAUUUUGGUUGCGGUCAUAGAUUAAAAUGGCUGUAAUAAAUUCGAGUUAUUAUGGUUUUAGUUGCUUAAA